UGACGUACAAGGAAAAAGAGACACCGCAAAGGAAGGAGAUCCCAGCGCUGUUUUUACUCCCGCCCCAUUCAAGUGCAUUCAUCCUGGCGAUUUCUGCAGCUGAGCGGGAGGAGGAGCUUCACCAAGGCCCACAGCAAAAAUGGAGGACUGAGUAGAGCUCUCAGACCAUUUCCUCGUGCUAGUAACACACUCCUCCUCCUCCCUGUGUUGGUGAAUGUGUGCUUCUGCUGCUGUCCCUGCCUGCACUGAACAAAGAUAAUUACUCAGGAAAUAUUUCAACCAAUCCGGCACCAGCUUGGAUCCUGUCUGUCAGCCGCACAGCCAAUCAGAAUCGGCUUAACAUCUGCGGGCCCGAUCGCCUUGCCUGAAGAGCAGAGCCUUCCUGAGUGUCCUCCAUGUUUUAUAAGUGUUGAUAUAACAAGUGUGCCAUGCAUCCACAAAGUCUGGCUGAGGAGGAGAUAAAGGCAGAGGCUGAUGUGGUAGAAGGAAUGGAUGCGUCAACACGACCUAAAGUCCUGGAUCCACCAGGCUCUGCCCCUCAGAAAAGAAAAAUCUCUAGUCCCACUCACUCCUCCAAUGGCCACUCUCCCUCCGACACGUCGCCCAGCCCCCACAAGAAGAAGAAGAAGCCCGGUGCUGUCAACAACAGUAACAAAGAUCAGUCAGAGCUAAGACAUGGUCCCUUUUACUAUAUGAAGCAGCCAGCACUCACCACAGACCCUGUUGAUGUUGUACCGCAGGACGGCAGGAACGACUUCUACUGCUGGCUGUGCCACCGCGAGGGCCAGGUGCUCUGCUGUGAGCUCUGCCCCAGGGUGUACCACGCCAAGUGCCUCAAACUGCCUGCCGAGCCCGAGGGCGACUGGUUUUGCCCCGAAUGUGAGAAAAUAACGGUUGCUGAAUGCAUUGAAACGCAGAGCAAAGCAAUGACAAUGUUGAACAUAGACCAACUCUCCUAUUUGCUGAAAUUUGCACUCCAGAAGAUUAAACAGCCUGGGACUGAGCCUUUUCACAAACCUGUAUCUCUGGAACAACAUCCAGAUUAUGCAGAGUACAUCUUCCACCCAAUGGACCUGUGCACCUUAGAAAAGAAUAUAAAAAAGAAAAUGUAUGGCUGCACAGAAGCUUUUCUUGCAGAUAUGAAAUGGAUAUUACACAACUGCAUUAUUUAUAAUGGAGCGAAUCAUAAAUUAACAGCAACUGCAAAGGUUAUAGUAAAGAUCUGUGAACAUGAGAUGAAUGAGAUUGAAGUGUGUCCAGAAUGUUACUUGUCUUCAUGUCAGAAAAGAGAAAACUGGUUUUGUGAGCCAUGUAGUCAGCCUCACCCUUUGGUCUGGGCAAAGUUAAAAGGUUUCCCCUUCUGGCCAGCAAAAGCACUUCGGGAAAAGGACGGUCAGGUUGAUGCUCGAUUCUUUGGACAACAUGACAGAGCUUGGGUUCCAAUCAACAACUGCUAUCUAAUGUCUAAAGAAAUCCCAUUUUCUGUGAAGAAGACAAAGAGCAUUUUCAACAGCGCCAUGCAGGAGAUGGAGGUUUACGUGGAAAACAUUCGCAAGAAAUUUGGGGUUUUCAAUUAUGCACCUUUCAGAACUCCUUACACCCCCAACAACCAACUACAGAUGCUGCUAGACCCCAAUAACCCAAGUGGAGGGACGGUUAAAAUUGAGAAACCUGAAAAACUUCGGUUAAACUUCGACACUACGGCGUCUCCUAAAAUGGUGCUUAGUAAGAGUUCUAGUGGGAUGGGGAGGAGGGUGUCCAUGACGGAUAUGCCGCGGUCUCCCAUGAGCACUAACUCCUCUGUGCACACGGGGUCAGAUGGAGAGCAGGACACGGAAAAGGCCAUCAGGAACCCAGCAUUCCACUACAGCACCGGGGAGGAGUCUAUGGACUGUACAGCUUCACCUAUGUCAGGAAAGAUGGGUACUGCGGGAAGCACAACAGGAAGUCCAAAACCGAGCUUAGUACCAAAACAAGAGCGGACAGCAGGCACAGGGGGCAUUCUCAAUCUCAAUCUCGAUCGUGUAAAGGCUGAGAUGGACCUGAAAGAGCUAAGUGAAACUGUUCAACAGCAGCAGCAACAACAGCAGGGGGCAACAGUCGCCCCGGCAACCCCCAAACGACCUCUGAGGAGCCUGGACAAGACUAUUGAAAGCUGCAAGGCACAACUAGGUAUUGAUGAGAUCUCUGAAGAUGUGUACAAAGACGUGGAUCACAGCGAUUCUGAGGAUUCAGACAAAUCUGAUUCCAGUGACAGUGAGUACUUAAGUGAUGAUGAGCACAAGCCAAAGAGCUCCACACAACACAAGGACAAACCCGACCGAAAAAGGCCCAAAACCACCACAGAGACGGGGGACAGUAAGGAGGCUGAAGCAGGCACGGGCGACAAAACUAUCACUGAAGAUAAGCCAAGUGUUAGCGUUAGCAAUUCAGACACCCAGGACAAAACCAAGGUCCCACAGUCUCCACUGGAAAAGGCCCGGGUGCCAGAGGAGGGGAGGACGUCAUCAAAAGCAGCAGAUCAGGACUCAGACUCGGAGCGGGAGCUGGUGAUUGAUUUAGGAGAAGAACAUGGAGGACGGGACUCGAAAAGGGCGAGAAGAGAUCCAGGAGCAGCCAAGAAAGAAGCCACAGCAAAAUCUGAAGCUUCAUCGGCCUCCAGUCAAAAGGACUCAUUGCAGCCUGUGCUCACAGCCGCCCUAAACCUGGCUACAGCCUCUGCACCAAACCACUCCUCCACAACCACCAACAAUACAACCAGCACCCCUCCUCCUGCUCCUGUCUCCUCACCCUCUCCAGCACCCCCAAAGAAACAGCGCCCUCUGCUGCCCAAAGACACUGCUCCACAACCGACACAACAACCUGCCGUAGUGUGGACCCCAUCAAAGCUUCAGACCCAAAAAUAUCACACUCAGAAAGUUCAAAAGCAGCAACAGCACGGAGAGACGUCAACAGUACAAUCUGUUCAAACACGCAGUCCACAGCAUCUGCAGCAAAACUCCACCUCCAGCACUCGCUAUCAGACCAGACAAGCUGUCAAAGGGCAACAGAAAGACACACCUCAAAAUGCACUCUCCACCAGCAGUUCUUCCUACGUGUCUGGAGAUGUGCAGAUCCCAACGGUGUCAGCUGAUGUAGCGGCCGACAUAGCAAAGUAUACUAACAAGAUAAUGGACACAAUCAAAGGAACAAUGACUGAAAUAUACAAUGAUCUCUCAAAAAGCACAUCCGGAAACACAAUUGCUGAGAUUCGCCGAUUACGGAUAGAAAUUGAGAAGCUUCAGUGGUUACAUCAGCAGGAGUUAGCAGAAAUGAAACACAACUUAGAGCUAACCAUGGCGGAGAUGAGGCAGAGUCUGGAGCAGGAGAGGGACCGUUUGGUGGCAGAGGUGAAGAAGCAGAUGGAGGUAGAGAAACAGCAGGCCGUGGACGAGACCAAAAAGAAACAGUGGUGCGCCAACUGCAGGAAGGAGGCCAUUUUCUACUGCUGCUGGAACACAAGCUACUGCGACUACCCCUGUCAGCAGGCGCACUGGCCCGAGCACAUGAAGUCCUGCACACAGUCAGCCACAGCGUCACAGCAAGAGCCGGAGGGAGAGACCAGUUCAGACCCUUCCCUUAAAUCUUCAGGACUGUCUCCGGCUGCUCAAACACUGGCCCCUGGAGCGGUGACAGAGAAGAGCGUCUCUCCUUCGUGUGUGGACAAAAACAAAGAAGGUGCCAGUGUAACAGUGACCUAAUGCAUCGUCCUUCUGGAACUGACUGAAAUAAACACUGCAAAAAUAGACUAUCACAUGAGUUUAAAUGACUUGAAUUCAGAAAAUGUAUUUUGAUUUGAGUUAUUUUGACUAGUUUAGAUUUAUUAGUUAUCAGGACUAGAUCAAUCAAACCACCAAGCUUUGGAUUUCAGGGGCAAACAUUCUGCUCUGCAUGAAACAAGUAUUAAACAAAUAAUAUUGAAACCAGUUAAAUAAUUUAAGCCUACUAACUAAUAAAAAUGAAGUAAUCAAAAACACUCAAUUUAAUAUUUAAGUCAUUUUAACUUGUGCUAUAUAGCUUUUUUUGUGGUGGAACACAGGUGUUGGAACUGUAGUCAACACUUGCACCCUGCACUUCUGUGACAAAUCAACUGUUUUUCCAUUCCUUUCAAUUUUGUGAUUGGACAUUUGAUCUUAGGCAGUGUCUUUAAGUCAAGUGAAAUCUCUGUGGAAGUAAUUUGUCCAAACCGUGAGUCUGUUUAGUUUGUGGUGGCGCUAAAAUACUUUCUUUCAAAAACAGGACUGUAUGAACAUGUUUUGUUGAAUCUAAAGCUGAAAAUAUAGUGCAUUUCUCAAGUACUAUGUUUAUAUUAUCUUGUCAAUUUACACAAUUUGGGUUAAAUUAGCGACUUUAAGUGCGUAUGACAGGUUUUCAUGUUUUUCUAAUUAUUGCUUGGUUUGGUGGAAUAGAACCCGUGGUAAGUAUUUAUCACAGUUUUCAUCAGUUAAUUGGAAAAAAAGUUGAGAAGAAAAGUACAAAAAUACAGGAAGUAUUGAAGAGUUUGAAAACCGAAUACCUCUGCCUAUGUCAUCAACCCAGAAAAUUACAACCAAAAUGCAGGGACAAUUUACACACAAAAUAGGCACUUUUUUGACAGUUUAAACCUUCAUUUAAAAAAUGUAUGACCUUAACCUACUUUUAUGUAUGUCACAACUGCUACCCAUGUCCAACCAGGAAGUAAAAUAAUAAACUUCAGCAGGAUUUAAAAAUAGACAAAACUAGGCAAUUUCUAAAAGUAAAAUAUUAAUUGUCAUUAUGUUAACUAUGUUUUAUUGGAAAAGUACUUUAACCUGUCAUAUGCACUUUAAGCAGUUCUCUAUCAUGGUGCCAUUUCAUUCUUAAGUUAUGCAAUUUCACACGAUGGUUUUAAGCAGUGUUUGGGUAUAUUUGGGUUUAACACUGUUUUCAACCUUCAUUGCAUUUACCAGUUUUGUAUUGUAGUUCCAGAUUACAAGUAUACAGAAAAUAUGUGUGAUUAUUAAAAAUAAUUAAAAUGUAAACUGUACAUAUUUGUAAGAAAAUACAAACAAUAUUUAUAGUGUAUGUUUUAUAGUAUGUUCAAUUAUAUCAUAUUUCUACAUGUCUAAAAUUUAUUUGAGAACAAGUAAAAGACUUCUUAUGAAUGUCUGCAGCGCUCUCUCCUCAGCUCAUUCAAAGUCUGCCUGUGCUAGAGGUUGCAGUUUGGUUGUACAUUGAUUUGUGAGCAUGUCUGUUUUAUAUGGUUUAUGUUAUUGUUUACAUAUUGUACAUAAAAUAAAUGGAUUUGUGUAUAAAAUAAUAGUUG